CUUACCUGAUCAGGAAAGAGAGGAGCUGGAAAGCAGAAGGACAAGCCCAAGGAUCUUCACAUGGAAGUGAUGGUCAGUGUAUUUCAGGUGAAGCAGUCACUUAGUAGAAGAGACCUGCCUUCAGAAGACCCCCUGGCUGCUUUCAGUGCCCACUAAUGGAGCUGGCACACAGUCUCCUGCUCAAUGAAGAUGCCCUGGCCCAGAUCACAGAAGCCAAGAGGCCAGUCUUCAUAUUCGAGUGGCUUCGGUUCCUCAAUAAAGUUCUCGUAGCAGCUAAUAAGGUUGAUGUGAAGGAGAAGCAGAAGAAACUGGUGGAACAGCUCACUGGGUUGAUCAGCAGCAAUCCUGGACCCCCUACGAGAAAGCUAUUGGCUAAGAACCUCGCUACACUCUACAGCAUCGGCGACACUUUCACCGUCUUCCAGACGUUGGACAAGUGCAAUGACAUCAUCAAAAACAAGGAUGACACUCCAGCCUAUCUGCCCACCAAGCUUGCUGCAGUGGCUUGUGUUGGGGCCUUCUAUGAGCGAAUGGGCCGGAUGCUGGGCAGCUCCUUUCCAGAAACAAUCAACAACCUUCUGAAAGCCCUGAAGAAUGCAGAGUCUCAGGGCCGCAGUGAGAUCCUCCUCAGCCUGCAGAAAGUUCUCAGUGGCCUGGGUGGUGCUGCUGCAUCCUGCCACAGAGAUAUCUACAAGAAUGCCCGCUCUCUCCUCACUGACAGGUCCAUGGCUGUGCGCUGUGCUGUGGCUAAGUGUUUGCUGGAGCUGCAGAAUGAAGCGGUGUUCAUGUGGACCACAGAGCUGGAGAAUGUGGCCACGCUGUGCUUCAAAGCUCUUGAAGGCUCUACAUACGGCGUGCGCGUGGCUGUGUCCAAGCUGCUGGGAACUGUAAUGGCUACUGCACUCUUGCCUAAACAGGCUGCAGUUAUGCGUCAGAAUGUGAAGCGAGCCACACUGGAGGAGGUGCUUGAGCUGAUGGCCACAGGUUUUCUGCGAGGGGGUUCCGGAUUCCUGAAGAGUGGAGGAGAGAUGCUGAAAGGAGGAGGUUCAGUCAGCAGGGAAGUCCGAGUUGGAGUCACUCAGGCAUAUGUAGUGUUUGUGACCACACUGGGCGGUCAGUGGCUGGAGAGGAACUUUGCCACCUUCCUGUCACACGUAUUAGAGCUGGUGGCUCACCCUCGGGCCACACAGACCCACGUAGAGGCAGUGUACUCGCGCCGCUGUGUCUCUUUUGCCUUGCGUGCCACACUAGGAGGCCUGCUGGGGGAGAAGGCCCAAAUUGCUGCCGCCAAGGAGAUCUGCCAGGCCAUCAACAAGCAGAUGAGGGCAGUGGGUAAGGAGGAAAAUAGGGGGGAAAUAUCCGGUUUCAGAGCAUUGCAGAAGGCGGUAGUCAGUGACAGCAGUGGUGAAAAUAAGGGUGGGGCUGCGGACGUGUCGGCCAGUCAGCACGUGAUGGUGUGUGCUCUGAAAGAACUGGGCAGUCUGGUCCAGAGCCUCAGUGCUACAGCCUCUCCACUCAUACAGGAGCCUUCUAUUGGUCUGUUGGAGACGGUGACGUCGGUCCUUCUGCACCCCAGCAUGGCGGCCCGUCUGGCAGCAGCGUGGUGCCUGCGCUGCGUUGCCGUGGCGCUGCCCUAUCAGCUGACCCCUCUACUGGACCGCUGUGCCGAGCGCAUCAACACCCUGAAGAGCUCGCCUGAAGCCGUCAGCGGCUACAGCUUCGCAAUGGCUGCUCUGCUGGGUGGAGUGUACCAGUGCCCGCUGGGUAUCCCCCACUCCAAGGGCAAGAUGGUGGUCAGCAUAGCUGAGGAUCUGUUGCGUUCCGCAGCUCAGAACAGUCGUCUCUCUUUGCACCGAACGCAGGCUGGCUGGCUGCUCCUGGGAGCCCUCAUGACUUUAGGAUCAUCUCUGGUGCGCUACCACUUGCCUAAGAUGCUGUUGCUCUGGCGGAAUGUGUUCCCUCGGUCGCAGAAAGAGCUGGAGGCUGAAAAAGCCAGAGGAGACUCCUUCACCUGGCAGGUCACUCUGGAGGGCAGAGCUGGAGCACUUUGUGCCAUGCGAAGCUUCGUGGCUCACUGUCCCGAGCUGCUGACUGAAGACGUGAUCCGCAGGCUGAUGACUCCUAUUGAAUGUGCCAUGACCAUGAUGUCUCAUAUUCCUGCAGUUAUAAAGGUACAUGGAGCUCACCUAAAGGCCAGUGCUGCUAUGGUGCGUUUGAGACUCUACGACAUUCUGGCCCUGCUUCCGCCCAAGACUUAUGAAGGCAAUUUCAGUGCUCUUCUGAGGGAGCUGGUGGCUGAGUUUACACUGACGGAUAAUUCAGCCAACACAACCACCUCCUUGUUGCGUUCACUUUGUCACUAUGAUGACAGUGUCCUCAUGGGCUCCUGGCUGCAGGAAACUGACCACAAAUCCAUUGAGGACCAGUUGCAGCCUAACAGUGCAUCAGGCAGUGGUGCUCUGGAACAUGACCCCUCCUCCAUAUACCUGCGAGUUCCUGUUGGAGAAGCUAUCCCAGGCCCGCUCCCACUGGGUGUCUCAGUUAUUGAUGCAUCUGUGGCACUUUUCGGUGUAGUCUUCCCCCAUGUCUCCUUUAAACAUAGGCUCCAAAUGCUGGACCACUUUGCUGAGUGCAUCAAACAAGCUAAAGGAGUCAGACAGCAGGCUGUCCAACUCAACAUCUUCACUGCUGUCCUCAGUGCACUAAAGGGUCUAGCUGAAAAUAAGAGCACGCUGGGACCGGAGGAGGUGCGGAAGUCUGCUCUGGCCUUGGUGAUGGGUGCUCUGGAUAACCCCAACCCCAUCCUGCGCUGUGCUGCUGGAGAAGCUCUGGGACGCAUGGCACAGGUUGUAGGAGAAGCCACCUUCAUCGCCAGUAUGGCUCAGCACAGUUUUGACAAACUGAAGUCAGCUCGGGACGUGGUGUCCAGAACGGGUCACUCUCUGGCUCUUGGCUGUCUGCACCGAUACGUGGGAGGCAUCGGGUCAGGUCAGCACCUUAAGACCAGUGUGAGCAUUCUCUUGGCACUGGCUCAGGACGGAACCUCCCAUGAGGUUCAGACAUGGGCGCUGCACUCCCUGGCUCUCAUUGUAGACUCCAGUGGGCCGAUGUACAGAGGUUAUGUGGAGCCCACUCUGUCCCUGGUGCUCACCCUCCUCCUGACUGUGCCUCCCUCUCACACAGAGGUGCAUCAGUGUCUGGGCCGCUGUUUGGGAGCCCUCAUCACCACUGUGGGCCCAGAAUUACAGGGCAACAGUCCCACAAUUUCGACCAUUCGCUCCUCAUGUCUGGUGGGCUGUGCCAUAAUGCAGGACCACUCAGACUCUCUGGUGCAGGCAGCGGCCAUCUCUUGCCUGCAGCAGCUGCACAUGUUUGCCCCACGUCACGUCAACUUAUCUAGCCUGGUGCCCUGCCUCUGUGUGCACCUCUGCAGUUCUCAUCUGCUUCUGCGUCGGGCUGCGGUGGCAUGUUUGCGGCAGUUGGCUCAGAGAGAGGCAGCCGAGGUGUGUGCAUACGCCAUGAGCCUCGCCAAGAAAGCUGGAGACAGCAAAGAAAGCACCACUAUCAACCUAAACAUCACUGAGACUGGUUUGGAGGGUGUUCUUUUUGGCAUGCUGGACCGGGAGACAGAUAGAAAACUGUGCUCGGACAUCCAUGACACACUUGGCCAUAUGCUGUCCUCUCUAGCUGUGGAGAAGCUCUCGCAUUGGCUCAAACUCUGCAAAGAUGUCCUGGCUGCCAGCACAGAAGUUGGAGGUGCCUUGGCAUUUGAAGUAGAGAAAGAGGAGGAAGACUCUGAGAAGAAGGAUGAGAUGGACGAUGACACCAUGUUUACAGGCCUGGGCGAUGACGACAAAACAAAGCCUUCUGUUGCCCCCCGCUGGGUGACGCGGGUGUUUGCAGCCGACUGCUUAUGUCGCAUCAUUCAUCUGUGUGAAAAUGCAGACAAGGCUCACUUUGAUCUGGCCACUGCCCGCAGCGCCAAAGCCAAGAACCCUAAAGGUGAUCUGCUGGUGUUGCAUCUUUCGGACCUGAUCCGCAUGGCCUUCAUGGCUGCCACGGAUCACAGUAAUCAGCUACGGAUGGCCGGCCUGCAGGCCCUGGAGGACAUCAUUAAGAAGUUUGCCUCAGUACCGGAGCCUGAGUUUCCUGGUCAUGUGAUCCUUGAGCAGUACCAGGCCAAUGUUGGAGCUGCACUACGACCAGCCUUUUCUCCUGAUACUCCAUCUGACAUCACAGCCAAAGCUUGCCAGGUGUGUAGUGCUUGGAUAGGCAGCGGUGUAGUGAGUGACCUGAACGACCUCCGCCGUGUCCACAAUCUGCUGGUGUCCUCCCUGGACAAGGUGCAGGCUGGCAAGGGCUCUUCCAGCCAGCUGUACAGCGAGAGUGCCACCACCAUGGAGAAACUGGCUGUGCUCAAAGCCUGGGCAGAGGUGUAUGUGGUGGCUAUGAAAAUAAAGAAGGAGGCGGAGUCCAGGCCGGCUCGUCCUGUGAGGAGCGGUGAGGAUGAUGAUGAGGACAUGGGUGAUGAAGGAGAUAUCCUGCCUCCGGACAGCCUGAUCACGCUGGUGCAGCCAGAGCUGCCCUCGCUGAGCCGGCUGUGGCUGGCUGCUCUCAGAGACUACGCUCUGCUGACCCUGCCGGCUGAGUUUGCCAGCCAGCUGCCCCCUGAAGGUGGGGCCUUUUACACUCCAGAGACGAUAGACACCGCACGUCUGCACUAUCGCAACUCAUGGGCUCCCAUUCUGCACGCCGUGGCUCUCUGGCUUAGCAACACAGACUUUGGAGCUGCUGAGGGUCCUGAGGAGCCCCAAACUGGUACUACAAGUCCUGCAUAUCCUCAGGGGCCACCUGCUCCAAUCAAAAACCCUGAUGAGCUGGCCAAAGACAGAAUGCAUCUACUGUUGGGCAUCAGUAUUGAGUUCCUGUGCUUCCCUCGCCCUGAGGAGCCUAUUGAACGAGUGAUGUCCUGCCUUCAAGCUCUCUGCACGCUGCUCGAAACUCCACAGGCUCGAAACCACAUCGCAGAGGACCAGUUGCUUGCAGUAGAGCUGCUAAAUGUGCUGCACAGGCUGCUGUUAACCCGGGACCCUCCCAGUGUUCAGCUGCAGGUGACUGCAGUAGUGCAAGAGACCAUCCGCUCAGCCCAAGACCACCUGGACCAGCGCAGGAGCUCCAAGGGUGUGGAAGAUGGUGGGGAGAAGGAGUCGGCGAGUGUGUUGGCGGAAGGAGGGGACACUGGAGAGCUGCAGCCAGGGAAGUCUCUGGUGUUCGCUGCCAUGGAACUCCUGGUGUUUCUGCUGGUGCGUCACCUGCCUCAGGUCAACACCAAAGCCAGCGACUCUCCCAGCCACCUGCCUACCAAACCCCAGCCUCUGCCCGAGCACAGCAACCGCCUGGUGGCCGUCACCAUCAGCAUCCUAGCAGAACUGCCUGCACUGUGUUCUCCAGCAGGGAGUAUGACCAUCCUGCCCACAAUCCUGUUCCUCAUCUGUGGAGUGCUGAAGGAGACCGCCCUGAAAACCCCCGAUGGUUCAGUACCUCUGCCUGUGUCAGCCGCCCUGCAGGGCAUUAAGACCAUCAUCACUUCCCCACUGGGCCGUGUGGAGAAAACGCAGCAGCAGUGGACCAGCCUGGUCAGGAGCAGUCUGGCUUCUGUGCUGGAGUACUCCCAACCUGAUGAGUCCAGGCCCAAUAUGGAUGAAGUGAGCCUGCUCACUGCAAUCACUUUGUUCUUGGUGUCCACCAGUUCUGAAUUGGUCGGGGUCACCACCUUACAGAAGGGCUGCAUAGAACGCUUCAGAAAUGCUCUCAACUCCAGUGACCCUUGGGUCCAAGCUCGGUGCUAUCAGCUCCUCCUCUCCGUGUUCCAGCACUCGAGCCGCGCUCUCUCCACACCCUACAUCCACGCUCUGGCUCCUAUGCUGGUGGAGAAGCUGAAGGGGGCGGAGCGUGCAAGGCCAGGGACCCCUGCUGAGCUCCAGGCUGUGCAAGAAGGAGUUAAAGUGCUGGAGGGCCUGGUGGCCCUGGGAGAAGAGCAGAAUCGAGUUCAGCUGCUGGCUCUUCUGGUGCCCACCCUGAUCUCCUACCUGCUGGAUGAAAAUGCCUUCUCCACUGCUCCUCCCCCGUCCAAAGGGCUGCAUGAGUUCGCCCUUCAGAAUCUGAUGCGCAUCGGACCCCUGUACCCUGCUGCCUUCAAGACCGUUAUAGGAGCAGCACCUGAGCUGAAGACCCGCCUUGAGACCGCCAUCCGAGCCAACCAGGCGAGCAGCAAAGCCAAGGCCGCGGCCAGGCAGGCCCAACCCACUGUGCAAGCCACACCCACCAUCAAACUCAAAACCAGCUUUUUCUAAAAUCAGCUUUUCUCAACUGACUUGUCCUUGCUCAUCUCAAAAAGGCAUUCUUUUAAAGUUACUGUGUAGUUUGAACUUUAGUUUGGACAAGCUUUAAAUAUGAUGAUUGAAACAAAGUUGAAUGAUACAGUUUCUUAUUGAGUUCAAUCAUUUUUCACCACUCUUCUGUAAAACUUGACCAUUAGAAUUAAUUCCAGUUAAUUUGAGGGAAGAUCAUGUAGUUCUCUGUUGAUGUAUGUUUUUAUUCAAGUAAACCAGUUAAAUUUUAAUUAAAUGUGUGCUACACAGAGACUGUGUCAGUUGGGGUAAAGCUAUGCUGUUAUAAAUAUGGAUUCCAGGGUUUAUGCUUCAUCGUGUCAAUCAUGUGUGCUGGUGAAUGUCCGAGUGAAACCGUUAAAGGGAUGUAGUUUAUUCUGUCGUGGUCAUUUUUUUUCUGGAAAGCUUGUGAAAUGCACCUUAAUCAGAACGAAUAUCAUGGAAGCACCUUUUUUGUAAAGUCACAUUGCAUCAAUGUUCUUUUUGACAAUUCCAGCAGUUUUUCUUCAUUGUUUUUUUUUUUUUUUUUUUGGAUCCUGUAAAGACCAAAACAGGCAGAGCUGUACAGUAAAUGUGCUGUAAUAUCACACAAUUCCUUUUCUCUUCUCAGCUAAAACACUCCCUUUUAGUUAAGCAUUAUUUAGUAGAUCAUUAGUUGUCAGAAAUUUGCUUUUAGACUUCGGACGAUUUUGUAACUGUUACAUUGGAUAUAGAACUCUUAUUAGGAAACAAUAAUGAUAAAAAAACAACCAAUCAUUCAGUACCAUUUGUGUUGUACAUAGAGAAUUACAGUUAAAAUGAAAGCUAUGAUAUACUGUAAAGUCGUUUUAUUAUUACUAUUAUUUUUUUUAACCUUUUUCAUUUUUAUUUGCUAUAUACAUACAUUUAUAUUGUCACUGUUAGAAAAUGUUUCAACAAAUACUAAUGCUUCAAAGUAAUGGAAGAGCCAAUAGAAAUGCUCUACAGUUAUGAACCUCCUAGUGUAAAUACUGCAAAAUGAUGAAUGGACCAGUAGAAAUGCUCCAGAUUGAUGAAUAACUGAUAGAAAUGCUUCAAAAUGCUGCAUGAACUAAUACUUUUGCUCCAAAAUAAUGGAAUAGCCAAUAAAAAUGCUACACAGUGAUGAAUGGACCAGUACAAAUGCUCCAAAAUAACUUGGAAUAGAACAUUUUACUUUUUGACUUUCUUUGAAAAUUUUUAAUUUGCAACAUGAACAUUUUUUUUGCCUGACGGUGACAAUAUGACACUUGGAUUUAGCUUGACUUUUAUUAACAUUAUUCACUGUCCUGGAUUAAAUGUGAUGAGCAUCUCUCUCAUGCCUCUUAUUUACUUCUUCUCCAUAUUGUUUGUUGCUUUUGUUUUUGCUUUAGUUUGAAUAGUUUAUGUAAAAAAAAAAACAGCAUGUAAACAGUUCCACAUGAUAAUUUAUUCACUUUAGAGGAAGACUUGACAUUGCAUUAAGCAAUUACAGUGAAGCUGCACAGUCAUUCACCAUGUUACAGUGUGAAGUUUUGGUAUUCACCAAGUCUAGAAUGUGUUCCUGUAUUGUUGUUUGUUUGGGGUUUUUAUGUUGAGUGUGGAGCUGCACAGUAUAAUAAAUUGAGUCACAUCCGGGCUGUUGGCAAAGUGGACAAAUUGAUCUGAAAAAUAAAGAAGGUUUUAUUUAA